CACAGUUUAUUGCUCAUCCGGUCCGAGUUUCUCAGCUGAACAAAUACCAGAACAACGGCACGAAAAACGGCAAAAAGAAAAGCCGGAUCACCAUCUGGAAAAUUCUCAGCGAAACAUUCUACGACUAUGCGGAAAUGACAAAAGUGAACGGAAUGUACUACAUGCGUCGGAAUGUGACAUCCGGCUUUGCCCGGCUAAUUUGGGUUACGAUACUGACCACGCUGUUCUCGCUCGGGGUGGCCCUAGUCUUUCUUCUGUGGCGGCGCUACGUGGAUUCGCCAACCCGCAUGACCGUCGCCUCGGAGAUGAAGAUCCUGCAGGUUCCGUUUCCGGGAAUCACUCUCUGUCACCCGCAGAGCGUGGUGGAUUACAAGGCGGAGAAAUUUGUGGAUAAGUUAAAGUUUCCAAUCGGUGCAACACGUGCCAGUAUUCUGGAAAAUUUACCUUCGUUAGGGUACUUUAACGAACAUCAGUGGACAUUUCCACGCAUUCAAAAUGUCAAAAUGAUCGACGCUUUGCUUACUUUGAACAAUAUCACAAUCGAAGCUGCAAUCGACGAGCUAGGAAUGAUAUGUGAAGAUUUCAUCGUCGUUUGUUACUGGGCCGGAAAAAAGUUUCCUUGCACCCAGAAGCAUCCAUUUCUCAGCUGGAUCGGUUCCACAAGUCACUAUGGAGCAUGCUGUUCCUAUAACUAUCAUCCAAACGUUCAGGAAUCGUUGGCUCCAUUCGCUGUCAACACCUAUGGCAUUCAUGGUGGAUUGAGCAUCAUAGGAACGGGCUUCCCUCAGGCCUCCGAUGGGAAAUCCGGUGCACUUUACUCAGAGGGAUUUAUGCUGAUGAUCCAUCACCCGUACGAUUUCGCCGUUGAGUCUGCCCCGCUCACACUGCUAAGGUUGGGAACGGAGACCUUCGUCAGUGUGACCCCUACCGAUUCACGAUGCUCGGCACAGGUUUUGGGACUGCCGCAGGAGCAGAGGCCUUGUAUCACGGGAAAAGAUUUUCCGAAGCCAAUUAAAAACUACCGACAACCGGCAUGCACUUUGGAGUGUCUGCGGAAUCACGUGCAUCGAAAGUGCGGUUGUCAUCCCUUCCACCUGCCGAUUCAAUCGCAGAUUCCGGACUCGGAGAAGCCUAUUCGCAGUUGUACCAUAACUGAUACACUCUGCUUGAUUGAUAACUAUUAUAUGUUUAAACGAUUGGAAUGUAAGUGCCUGCCAGCCUGCAGCGACGUCACCUAUAAAACAUCAACGGUUGUCACGGACUUUGCAGCACAUAAAUUUUCGAUGAACAAAUUCUACUCGGAAACAAAUCUAACCAAUUUUGAGUUUAUAUUCCACGUUUACUUGAGCAAUCAGGUCGUCGAAGCAAACCGUCGAAUCGUGGUUAUGUCUUGGAUAUCCCUUCUUGCUAAUUUGGGGGGAGCAUUCAGCUUGUGCUUGGGCAUGAGCAUCCUUUCGUUGUUCGAAGUGGUUUUCUACAUUUUCUUUCGUAUUCAUAAAAUUUAUAAGAAUCUUGUGCAUCAGGAAAAGGAAAAUCAAAUCAAAAUAGUAGCCCCAUUUUCAAGAUUACAGAUUUUUCCUCCCCAUAAUUAGGGAAGUUUCGGAACAAAGAAAAACUUAACUGUUUAAGAAAAUAUACAAGUGGUUUAAUUUUAUUAGCACUUUCAGCAUCAUCCUGUAAGAUACUUCUACAUAAUGUAUGUAAAAAUCCCUACUCUGCUUGAUAACUAUUCGCUCUAACUACCCUCACGAUGGCGGAUAGUUUCUGCUCGCAUGUUAUUGUAAGUUAACUAUCUACAAAAAUCAAAACCUUUGGAUUGCGACACGUCGUGUAAUACGGAUAAAAUUUUUACAAGUCAACAAAACAAGACGACAGAAAAUCUUUAACAAUAUUAUGUUAGGAAAGGAACUCUCUGAAUUAGAAACCAAUCUUUUUGAAUACGUAAUUGAACCGUCGUUUGAUAGUAAGGCCUUUUGUUUUCCGGAUCCAGUUGAGCAAAAGCAACAGGAGCAAUACCGAAAAUACGGUCAGGAACCAGUUCGAGCUGAGUAGAAAACUGGUAUCGCUGUCAUGGCUUUGGCUCAGAACCAAAUCGGAAUCUCUGAAGAGUUCACUCUGGUCUGCAUCGCCCCUUUGUACAUUCUGUUGUGGGUGGUUGGAAAUUUUUCCGGUAGAGUAUCGAGAAUCCACAACGGGGACUUUCACCCCUAUCGAAGCGACCGAUGGCCGAGGAACUGAGGGGUUUAUAAAACUGUUAGGAGCAUUUGGUGGGAUUUUAUCUGUCUUCUUGUUGCGCCAACCUGGUACGUCGGGUUCGUCGUUGGCACUGAUUACGGUAGCUGUAGAAAAUAAAGGUUUGAAAAAUGUUUAUAAAACCAACCACUGAUUAAAGGGUUUAUGAUGAAUAAAAAUUUAAA